AAGCAAUGGUCGGACUGAAGCCCACUGACAUCCCACCAACUGCUACUGUUAAGUUCCUGGGUGCCGGGAUGGCAGCCUGCAUAGCAGAUCUCUGCACCUUCCCUCUGGACACUGCGAAAGUCAGACUGCAGAUCCAGGGAGAGUCCAAGCCUACCAAGAGCGUGAAGACCAUCCACUAUAAGGGCGUCUUUGGCACAAUCACCACCAUGGUGAGGACAGAAGGUCCCACGAGCCUGUACAAUGGCCUGGUGGCUGGUCUCCAGCGUCAGAUGAGCUUUGCUUCCAUUCGUAUCGGGCUGUACGACUCCGUGAAACAAUUCUACACCUCCACGGGAUCGGAGAAUGCCGGCGUUCUCACCCGGUUGCUGGCGGGCUGCACCACCGGAGCCAUGGCAGUCACGUGUGCCCAGCCGACCGACGUGGUCAAGGUGCGAUUCCAAGCCCACGUGAGGCUGACGGAUGGAACCAAGAAAUACAACGGGACUGUGGAUGCCUACAAAACCAUCGCCAAGGAGGAAGGGGUCAGAGGCCUCUGGAAAGGGACAUUACCCAACAUCACCCGCAACGCCAUCGUGAACUGCGGAGAGAUGGUUACCUAUGACCUCCUCAAGGAGAUGCUGCUGAAAUACCAUCUAAUGACAGACACUUUUCCUUGCCAUUUCAUCGCUGCUUUCGGAGCUGGGUUCUGCGCCACUGUGGUGGCUUCGCCCAUCGACGUCGUGAAGACGAGAUACAUGAAUUCCACCCAUGGCCAGUACAGAAAUGCCUUCAACUGUAUGCUCACCAUGGUGAUCCUGGAAGGACCCACAGCGUUUUACAAGGGGUUCAUGCCCUCGUUCCUGCGGCUGGGAUCCUGGAACGUGGUGAUGUUUGUGACCUACGAGCAGCUGAAACGCGCCGUGAUGCUGGCCCAGCAGCCGUAGGCGUCUCCAUCCUAAGCCCCAGGGAGGUCUCUGGGAUGAGACGACAUAGGCC